AUGACUAGCAUACGCGACCAAAUGGAGCAACUGAUCUACCGCAAGCAGCAGGAGAUUGUGGACGCUCUCGAGGCUAUUGAAGUCACCGAGUCAUCCACAAAGUUCCUCAUGGACAAGUGGCAGCGCGAUGAGGCCUCUGAGGGUGGAGGCUUGAGUGCCGUCAUUCAAGGCGGUUCUGUAAUUGAAAAGGGUGGUGCUCUUGUGUCUGUGGUGAGUUCAAAGCUUCCACCUGCUGCUGUUCAGCGAAUGCGCGCUGACCACAAAGCUUUGGACAUUUUGGCCGAACAGACUGGUGGCGAAAUGGUUCCUCUCCCCUUUAACGUCUGCGGUCUCUCUCUUAUCAUGCACCCAAAGAAUCCCUUUGCACCUACUGUCCACCUUAAUUAUAGAUACUUUGAGAUCCGAGACCCUGAAACUAACGCUGUCAAGACCUGGUGGUUUGGUGGUGGUGCUGAUAUGACCCCACACUACCUGUACCCAGAGGAUGCAGAACUUUUCCACUCGGAGCUCAAGAAGGCCUGUGAUGGCAUUGAUCCAGAGUUUUAUCCACGGUUCAAGAAGUGGUGCGAUGAGUAUUUCUUCAUCAAGCACCGCAAGGAAGGUCGUGGUAUUGGCGGUAUCUUCUUUGACGAUAUUGGCGAGGAAUCUGGCAAGACCCCUGAACAACUGCUCAAGUUUGUCGAGGCCUGUUUCAACGCGUUUUUGAAUGCCUACCCAGUAAUUCUUAAGCGCAGAUACCAAACCGAAUUUAACGAUAACCAGAAGCGAUGGCAACUGCUGCGCCGUGGCCGCUACGUCGAGUUCAAUCUCAUUUAUGACCGUGGCACCCACUUUGGUCUGCUAACCCCUAACGCCCGCAUCGAGUCUAUUCUUGUAUCUCUGCCUUUGCACGUUUCCUGGGAAUACAUGCACGAGCCCGAGAAAGGAUCUCAUGAAGCAGAGACUCUAGCAGUCUUAAAGACUCCUCGUGCUUGGGUUUAA